GCCACGCCGCCGACAAGGCCUGGGACCAGGCCAUCGGCAAGGCGACGUGGCUGCUCAACCAGCUGCGGCCUGAGGCCAAGACCGCGCUGCUCCACGGCCAGAACGGCGACGACAUGGCCGACCGGUGGGGCUACCUGGGCCUGGUGAACCCUCAGGUGGAGACGAGGGUCCCCGAGCAGGGCGAGGACGACGCGGAGACGCUCAGGAGUGCGCUGUCGGCCCCCCUGCGCAUCGCCGGCGCGACCCAGGGCUUCGAGGCUCCAGGCUCGGGCCCCUCGACUGCCACGAGGUUCCCGGCGGGCCUGGCGCUCGCCGCCACCUUCGACCCGCACGCCGCCGCGGCCUACGCCGAGGCUCUCGCAGACGAGUUCCGCGCGAAGGGUGCCAACGUGCUCCUCGGCCCCGACGUCACCGUGGUCCGCGCCCCGCUGAGCGGCCGCAGCUACGAGUCCAUCUCCGGCGAGGACCCGUACCUCGGGAGCCAGAUGGCCAAGCCCUUCGUGCAGACGCUGCAGGACGCCGGCAUCAUCGUGGCCGUGAAGCACUGGCUGAACAGCAACGAGGACAUUUACCAGACAACCAUGAACAUUGCGGUCGACGAGCGCACGCAGCGCGAGAUCUACACGCCGCCGUUCGAGGCUGCCUUCGCGGCCGGUGCGGGCGCGGUGGUCUGCCCGUACAACAAGGUGAACGGUGCGCGCGCCUGCGAAAGCGAGGGGCUGCUGCAGGGCCUGCUGCGGGAGAAGCUGGGCUUCCGCGGCUUUGUGGCGACGCCCCCGUGCAGAACCUCGGGGCCUCCGCGGCGGCGGGCACGGACGUCGAGAUGCCAGGGGGCAGCGGGAGCGCGAUCGCCAGCCUCAUGGAGCAGGGCCUGCUGA